AAAAUAGAAUAAUGGAAAAAUCUAAUAAUCAUUCAAAAGUGUCGUCUUGUGUCUUAUACGCGAGAUCUGCAUACCACAAUUUUUCAUUGGACAUCGAGAACUUUAUAAGUUUAUGGGAAAAGGAAAAGUCAAUGAAUUAUACAGAUUUUGCUACCAUUUGGCAAAACAAUAAUUUUACUUUGAUAUUUGCAUUCUAAGAGUGGCAUCUACCCGUCGUAGGGGGUUGAAACCAGGAGGCUAAAAAUAAUCAGUUAAAGUGUCCACCUUACAAAUAAAACUGAUGGCUCUUUCCGAUUUUUGUGCCCUGUAUAUGUAUAUGUAUUGGCAACCAACCAUUCAAAUAUUCAUAAAAAAAAAUUAUUCACAAUCAAAGAUCAACAGUUGCUAAUUGAAAAAGGGCUCUACAGUCGAUGCGAGCCUAAGAUGAUCAAACAAAUCUACAAUACAGGACAAUCAUAUAUGAAAUACCUAAAACUAUUAUGUGAAAUCACAUUGUCUGUUGUUAAAAACUACCUAUUUAGUCAGGAAAAUGUGUACGUGCAAAUAGGAGCAUUUUAUUUGUUAUAUGCCUUUUUCUAUAAACAACCCAUACGUAAAGAUGUUACAAUACGGUUAACGUUGGAAGAACACAGGUCACUCAAGAGAUUGUUAAACAAAAUGUUGGACCAGGGCCAAUACGACGCACUGUAUAUUUAUGCCAAAAUGAAAACAGAUGAAGCAUUCGAUUUUGUUGGACAGCCUUCACCAUUAUAUUUAACUUCGAAAAAUGGUAAUGAUACUACGCUAACUGCUAUUGGAGCUUCUCGACAGUUUUCAGCUAUAUUAUCUGAUCUUGAAAAAGUGUUAAAAAGCGAAGCAGUUGACACUCUAGACAAGACGUGUACGACGUAUGCGACGAAAAUGGCAGUAUUUGCAAAACGACACCCCGGCUUAAUGCCUCCUGUCACUACCAUUAUGAAUGAUCUAAAAGAAACUUAUACUGAGAUUAUGGAUUGUGGAAAUUCCGUUAUAAUUGAGUCGGACCCGAAAGAUGCUGACCUUCUUAAGAGGCAAGCUGUGCGAAGAAAAGCAGUAGCUGCUCAAACCUCGGAGUAUCGUGGGUCGAAAAUUGUAAUUACUGCUGCUGAUUUGGAUAAAUAAAAUAUUUCAAAUUCA